CCUCAAAAAGUAUUUAAAUUACCAAAUCUAACGUGAUUGCACUACACGUGGUCGGUGAAAAUAUUAUUUACGUUCUAGUUUUUUUUUUUUAUAAUCAGCUGGUUAAUAAAUAAAUUAAUUAAUUAAUAUAAAAUGGGACGUAAAGCAAAGUUUGGAGAUCCGAAAGCGAUUAAAGGUCCUGGAAGAAAAGCCAGGAAGCAGGGAGAUCCAGUGUUACCGCGUUCUUUACAAGUUAAAGGAGACCGAAAUGAAUAUCCAGAUCCUCGUCAAAAAAAAAGAUUUGAUGUGAUGAAAAAACGACCCAAAAGAAACAAUAAAUUUCAAAAAGACGGCCCUGCAUUUAAAAAACAAAAAGUUGUUGCGAAAACUGAGUCUGAAGAUGAAUCUGACCCUGAAUAUGCUUCCGAAGAAGAACCAAUGGAUGAUAGCGAAUUUAAAAAGGGAAUGUUUGUUAAACACAAGCGUGAUAUUUUAGCUGAUGAUUCUGAUGGUGAAGCUGAAGGAACCGAGGAGGAAGAUGACCAAGAACCUGAAGAACAAGAAGAAAAUGAUAAUGACAGUGACGAAGGGGAAGACAGUGAUGAUGAUGAUGAUGAUGAUGAUAAUGAUGAUGAUGACAAUGAUAAUGAUGGGGAUUUGCUUCCUAUUGAACGAGAAAGUAAAAAAUUACAAAAGAAAUAUGAAGAAGAAAAAAAACUCGACGAAGCCGAAACAGACGAUAUGGUUCGCCAGUGCGUGUUCGAAUUUCCUACAGAGGAAGAAUUGGAACAACCAUUGAGUCUUAAAGAUAUUCAGACCCGAAUUCGGGACUUGAUAAUGGUCCUCAACGACUUCAACCGGUUAAGAGACCCCAACCGCGGCCGAAGCGAGUACCUGCAGCUUCUAAAGUCAGACCUGUGCUCUUACUACAGUUACAACGAGUUCCUAAUGGAACUAUUAAUGCAAAUAUUUCCCCUGGGCGAGCUGGUGGACUACUUAGAGGCCAGUGAAGUCCAGAGGCCCUUAACAAUCCGGACCAACACUUUAAAAACCCGCAGACGCGACUUAGCCCAAGCGUUGAUUAACAGAGGAGUAAAUCUUGACCCAGUAGGAAAGUGGACCAAGGUAGGAUUGGUCAUUUACUCAUCGCAGGUGCCAAUGGGAGCGACUCCGGAGUACUUAGCAGGCCACUACGUGCUCCAAGGAGCCUCCAGUAUGUUACCAGUGAUGGCACUAGACCCUCAAGAAAAUGAACGGGUUCUUGACAUGUCUUCAGCUCCAGGUGGCAAGGCUUCUCAUAUUGCCGCUCAGAUGAAGAACACUGGAGUUCUUUUCGCCAAUGACGUCAACGCGGACCGUCUCAAGGCUGUCGUGGGUAACUUUCAUCGUCUUGGAGUUGUUAAUUCUGUGAUUACUAAUUACGACGGCAGGAAAAUUCCUGGAAUUAUCAAAGGCUUUGAUAGAGUCCUUCUAGACGCGCCUUGCACUGGAACUGGAGUCGUCGCUAAAGACCCCAGUGUUAAGACUAAUAAGGAUAAAACUGAUGUUCAAAGGUGCUUUACUCUUCAGAGAGAAUUACUCCUUGCUGCUAUUGAUUGUGUUAAUGCCAAGUCUAAAGCUGCUGUUAUUGUUUACUCUACUUGUUCUAUUCUUCCGGAAGAAAAUGAGUGUAUUAUUGAUUAUGCUUUGAAGAAGAGGAAUGUUAAGUUAGUCCCCACGGGGCUGGACUUUGGAGAAGAGGGCUUUGUUAAUUAUAGAGAGCAUCGGUUUCAUCCGAGUAUGAAACUUACCAGGAGGUAUUAUCCUCAUACUCAUAAUGUUGAUGGGUUUUUUGUUGCUAAGUUUAAGAAAUUUAGUAAUACUAUUCCUUUGAAUAGUAAAAAUGAAGAUGAAGAUGAUGAAGUGGGGGAAGAAGUUGAGGAGAAAAAAAAAGGUAAGAAAAAUAAAAGUGUUUUUAAUACGGGGAAAAUUUUUAAUAAAAAUGGAGAUGCUCCAAUUAAAAUUAAGAAGGAAAGUAAAAAUGAUGAUGGAGAAAAAGUUGAGGAAAAGAAAAAAAGAUAA